GUUGAAAUAUCAACAGACUUAUAGACUUUUCAUAUCAGUAGAUUUUCGACUCAAAACUUACGUCAUAUCCACACAGGCGUUCUUGCUAACACAUAACGGAUCUUUACCCAAUUUCAUAACAAAAGCAAAACACUCCCUUGUACAUUUAAAUGCGAGAUACACCUUCACCGUCGUUAUCACGAAGUGCUCGAUCAACUGUUGCUAUUGCUG